AUGGCUGAGGAAAAGACUGAUCAGCUCCUGGAAGUCAAAGAAAGGGAGCAAAAAGAGGUCUCAUUUAUUGACGAGAAAGGUCGAAAAAAUGGUUCAGCUGAGGCAAGAUCCAGACCGUCCACAAGACAAUCACAGAAAUCAUCUGCUAGUCUUCCUGUAUCGGACAUGUCAUAUGACACACUGAGAACUAAGUUUUUAACGAGUCGUCAUAUGCCCCUAAAUCAAUCACCAAUUCCUGAUAGGAAACGAAAAAAGCGUAAAAAGAAAGGACGAAAGACGCCUGUGUACGAUGAAGAGGAGGAAAGGGAAGCCAAACGAUUACAAGAACUACAAGAGUCUUUAACCACUAUUGCAGAUAAUAAAGAAAGUAGAACGUUCCUGAGAGGUAAAAUAUUGAAACAUAUGCAAGUGAUGGAGGACCUGAAUAAGUUAAAGGACCACUAUUAUUCUGAAUACAUGUCUGCAUUAAAUGAUAAAGUGGUGACGCAGCGGAAAGAGAUACAGCAAAGAACUGACGACUUGAACAAGAAAAUAUUAGAAAAACAAGAGAAAGAGAGAGCUGAGAAGCGUGCUAUUAUAAAAAAGAAGUUUGAGAGGUCUAGCUUAAUAAAUGAUAGUUCCUUUGCAAAGAGUAUACCUAAAACACAGUGGUAUAGAAUAAUCGCACUUCAAGAUAAAAUGAUCAAAGAAGGAGUAUUAAAAAGUCAAGGUGACAUCGAUGAGUUUUGGCACGAAAUGAGUGUUCCAGAAAAAUACAAUGAAAAGUUUGGAUUUAAUGUGAAAUCUAAUGAUGCCAGUCUACAUGGAAGUUCUUCAACGAUCUCAGUAUCAAGUCACCACUCAUCUGACAAAGCUAACCUCCCAGCUGAUAGCUUUAUUCCUAUGGUGCAAAUAGAAGAAGAUAGAGAACCUUCCCGACCAAGUACAAAAGGAGCCCAAUCAUGGGCAGUUACACAGCAGUUUAAAAAGAAUUAUGGUUAUUUAUCCACACCCGUAAAAGGCAGAAGAACAUCCAUUCAUCCUAAGGCAUUAGCUGUAGAUCAAAGAUUUCCCAAGGUUGAGCUUCCACCAUUGGCAACAUUUACUUUAGAUUUGUCACCUAAAAAAGAUGAUCCAGAGAUACUUAAAAUGACAGAAGAGUUCAGAAUCCGAGCCAAAAUACGAGAAAGAGAAAGGCGUCGCCUCAGAAUGAUGUACGAAUAUGCAUUAGCACAUCAAGCAGCAACCCAUCGAAUCCUUAACAAGAAAGAAGAGUUUGGAUGGAUUGUUGAAGGUCCUAGUAUAGGGGAACUGAUAAGUGGAAUUAAUCAAGAACCAGAGAUGCAAGACUACCCAGUUUUGCCUUCACCACCUCCGCCACAUUCUGAUGAUCUCAGCCUGCCUAACUUAGAUGAGGAUGAUGGCACUUCAGGGUACUUGGCCCUGCCAAGCACAUCCAGUAAGCCAGGACCAUUAUCUGCCAUAGAAGAGAUGUCUGAAGAACAUCGAUCAGUGCACAGUGGUUUCAGUAGAGACAGCAGUAGGAAAAGCGCCAGUUCUGGUAAAAGUAGGCAGUCUUCCGGAAAGAGGAGAUUAAAGUCAGCAAGUAGCAUAUCUAGUGAUGUAGCUCCUAGACCGCCACCCAAACCAUUACCACUCACUAUGAACGAAAUUUUAGAUGACUGUGUUAUAAAAGAAGCCAAGUGCCUUAGUACAUUAUGGACGAAUUACUCAAAAGAUGCAACGAAAAUUGCUACUUAAUUUAUUCAUCAAGCUGCCAUGGAUUUGGGAGUUUGUUUGCUAUGUACCUCUCUUCCAUGGAGAUAAUGUCAUAGUGAUUAUUGGUAAUGUGCAGUGUUUGUGUGCCACCCUGGAAUUCGUUAAAUUAACAAACAAACAAAUCAUGAUGUCGAUCUUAAUCUUCCAAUAAGAGAAGCUGUAAGUUAUGUGUCUGGUUGAUAUUCUGUUUGAUGACUGAUCUAUAGUUUGUAUAACUUCCAUACAUAUGGACCUCUGAAUGGAACUGCUAAUGUAUAAAGUUAUGAUAUUAUGGAAAAUGUCUGCUAUUCGAGACGAGAA